AUGACUAUGUUCAGGCUCUUGUGUCUCUGUUUUGGACUGUUGUCCCUCCCAUUUCUUGUGGCAGAAGCAACGGAGACUGCUACCAACACAGCAGAUGAUUCAACUCCUGAAAGAGAUAGUCUACUCAAGAUAUGGGAGGUUGACAGGACUUGCGCUAGCGAAGUGCAAUACAUGGAGGACUCCAUGGAGAUUGCACUGGAGAUUGUCAUUGCAACUCUCGCGGCUCUCGAGUAUAUCAAGAGUAGCGACCGUCCAUCCAAGCAGCAAGACCCAAAGCGAUAUUACAGAUUCACGUCAAUCUGGAAAUCAUGCCAAGCUUUUCUUGGGUUUGAACCUGCGAAAGAUCCUGGCCAUCUUCAAUCUGCCAUUGAUAUCUUUGCUAAGAUCAAGAGAACCAUACCCGCCAGUGAAAACGAUCCAGUCAAGGGAUACGUCGUCCACUUUCAAAAGCUUCCUAACCAUAAGCCCAAGCUCAUGUGCGGGGAUAGCCCUAGCGAAGACUCAUGGAAAUGGUAUGGUGCAUCAGAUACAAUCCCGGGUCAAGGACAGAAUCUCAUGAACAUGAAUGAUGAUUUCAGGGAGUAUGCUUACGACAGUUACGAUGGUGCAUGGUAUUACGAUCGUAUAUUUGCCGGCGUUGCGUGGGACAAAGACAUCAUUAUCUUUUGCGAUAAUCAGUUUACACCCAAAGCAAAAGCUUCCAAGACACCGAAAGCAUGGAAAGCAUCGGGCAUCUCGGAAGGUUUAUCACUCAACGCGUAUAAAGAUCAUCUUUCGGUGGUUAUGGUACAUGAAAUGAUUCACUGGUUUGGCGGUACGGUUUCGAAAGGCGCAAAGCCUGUCGCCAGGAUUAACGAUCAGACCGCUAUUGAUGCAAAUGGACUACUGAUAUAUAAAGGGAGAGAAAAGGAGUUCGCGUACAAAUCUGUGCCCUCUGCUGAUGAGGUCAAAAAGAACAGCCUGGAGCCUGUCCUCGCAUAUGGUAUGGAACGUGUCUGGCAACUAGCAUUCUGUGGAAGGAAACCAGUCCAAGACCAUUGUGGCACCGAGAAAGCCAUGCACAAUGCCGACUCCCUGGCUUUGUUUGCCCUAGCUAUGUACUAUGAGGAUUGGGGUUGGUCACAUAGUGUAGCAAGAGUACCUGGUAAGGAUUAUAAGAAGGAUAAUAGUAAGAAGAGGCCUGGUGGCAAGCAAGGGCAAAGACCACCAAAAGUUGCCUGA